CAUUAUAAGAAACAAUGAGUAAUUAUUCCGAUCCCCUUGGUUUUACCAAACAAACAGCCACUUUGUUGCGUGGUUUGGGUGCAUCUGAAUUAAUAGUAGAAUGCAAAAAAAGAAAUAUAUCAACGGAUGUAUUACACGAGCUUACUGUACAAGAUCUAAUGAUGUUAGGCGCUAAUCGUAAAAAGGCUGAAAAGUUAAGAAAUUGUUUAAACGUUAGGAAAAGAAGAUCCAACAUCGUAAUAACAAAUGAUGAGGACAGGAUCGAACAUUUUCUUGAUAUAAUCAAACAAGGAGAGCAGCAGUUCUGUUUGAUACAAGCAUUUAUAGCGUAUUGUCGAUUGAGACUUGUUAAGGAAAGAAUUAAUAUUUUUGUCGAUCCCAACAAGUGUUCGAGUGCUUCUAAGAUAUUACCUGUCGCUGUUGCCGCAACAUUGACAGAGUUGGAAGAAGCAAAUAAGAACAUUUCCGAACUCGAGGAAUUGAUUUUAGGGCUCAGUCGUAAUAAGAUGGACGGUGGAGCGUACGGUGGAGGAAAGGCAGGAGCCCCUUUCGACCCUAUUGCCUUUAUCCAAAGGCCUCAAGUCAUUUUAAGAGCCGUAUGUCUGCUCUUCGCGAUAAUCGUGUUCGGAUGCAUAAGCAACAAGGGAUACAUAGAAAAGCCAGACGGAAAAGACGUUUGUCUUUACAACGGAGAUCACAACGCUUGUAAUUACGGGAUAGGAAUCGGAGUCCUCGCCUUCCUCGCCAGUAUCGGAUUCCUUGCUGGCGAAUAUCUUUUCGAACAGAUGUCUUCUGUUAAGACCAGGAAGCAUUUCGUCCUGCUCGAUUUAGGGUUUUCUGGCUUUUGGGCAUUCCUUUACUUCGUCGGAUUCUGUUACUUAACCAAUGCUUGGAACAAAUCGGAGACGCCGGAAAACAAUUACGGAGUGAACAACGUUCAAAGCGCUAUCGCUUUCUCCUUCUUCUCCAUUUUUACCUGGGCUGCCUGUGCCUGGUUCGCCUUCCAAAGAUUCAAGCAAGGUACUGAUGCUGCGUUCGCACCGAGUUACGAAGCGGAUCCUGUUGGUGGGACAGGAUACACAAGUUAUCCUGAUGCGACUGAUGCCGGUUAUCAAGAACCACCAUUCGGUCAACAGCAACAGCAGCAACAACAACAGCAACAACGGAUGCCCGAUUUUCGAGCACCGGCUUACUAACUCUCUCAAACAUAGUCUAUCACUAUUGGUAAAGCGAAAUUUCUAUUAACCUGCGUUUACGAAAACAUUCUACGUUCGAUGUCGAAACAUUAUCGCUAUAAUAAUCGGAAGAUAUAAAAUUGAUCAUCCGUUCUAAAUAAUGUUGAGUUAAUCCUCCUCGCGCGCGCACACACACACUGACCUAAAAAAUGUUAUUUGACAACAUUUUUUAUGAUAACCUUAAUUUAGAAAGUUCGUACAUGUUAUAGGAAUUUCGUGGAAUUUUUUUUUAACAAGUAUCGUUUACCAAAAAAUGUAUCGUUCGUGAAAGACCAUCCGUGUUUACAGUUUCAGGGUACCGUAAAAGCGUUCACGGUUUAAGAUUUAAGAAUAUUAACUUCAUAUAAUUGAUCUUUAUUUCAUUAAUAUCUAUACAACUAUGUUAUAUCGUUGAAUCUUCUUCUUUAUCUUUAAAAGUGUAAAAUUAAUUCUACGCUUUGUAUUAUCUUUUUAGACACAACGCAAGAAAACGAUAGGAAAACAGAAGACAGAAGCUCUGCGAGGAAACUUUCAAUGAUAGAGCAAUGUCGAUAGAGUAAGUUUUCAUAGUAACAUAACUAGUGGAUGAAAGAGAGAGAGAGAGGAGAGAUGAGUAAACGAGGGGAAUAGAAAAGUGGGUAAACAGGAAUAAUAUAAAGAGAGAGAGAGAGAGAGAGAGGAGAACAAGGAAGAGAAUGUACGCGUGUGCGAAUACGUAUGUGUGUAUACGUGUAUGACUGUGACAAAAAGAAAAAGAAAAAAAAAAUAGAAGGAA